GCAGGUGUUAAGCAACAACAACCUAGCUAACUAACAUAAGAAACUAGGUGUUAUAAAUAUUAAUUUUUGUUUAAGACUAUUGUACUGAUUUAUCUGUAUUGGUUCAGUACUGGUGGCACAGACUAAUGGGAGUUACCUUACACUUGGCCAUAGGCAUAUUGGGAAAUGCCGCCUCUUUGCUUCUGUAUGCAGCACCAAUAUUAACCUUUACAAGGGUACUUAUAGAAGAAAAGUACGGAGGAUUUUUAUGUGUUCCAUACACUAUUGCGUUGUUAAACUGUUUAUUGUAUACAUGGUAUGGUUUACCAGUAGUGAGCAAUAAGUGGGAGAACUUCCCACUAAUCACCAUUAAUGGCAUUGGGAUUUUACUCGAGUUCUCAUUCAUCAUCAUAUAUUUUCGGUUUGCUCCACCAAAAACCAAGAAGAUGGUUUGUUUACUCUUAAUACAUGUCGUAAUGGUGUUCUGCAUCACUCCAUGUGUUUCGGCAUUUGCAUUAAAAGAUCAUCGUCACCGUAAAGUGUUGGUCGGAUGCGUAGGAUUAGUGGCCUCUGUAUCAAUGUAUGCUUCACCAUUAAUCGUUGUGAAACAAGUGAUUAAAACAAAAAGUGUGGAAUUCAUGCCCUUCUACUUAUCUUUAUUCUCAUUCCUUGCAAGUUUAAUUUGGAUGGCAUAUGGAUUAUUAGGCCGUGAUCUUUUUCUCGCUUCUCCUAAUCUUGUGGGUUGUCCUCCGGGGUUGCUUCAGCUUGUGGUAUAUUUCGUUUAUAGAAACAAAAAGAUUCUAAGGGAAGAAGACGAUUUAGAGAAAAAUGGACCAUUACAGCAUCAUGAACCUGCUACGAUUACAUGCAGCUGCAUUACGAAUAGCAAGCAAUGAACAACUAAAGAAAUAAUGUAUAACAAAAAUUUGGGUUCCUCACUGCCUACCUGGAUUAAAUAUAUAUAUAUAUAUAUAUACAUAUAUGUAUAUAUAUAAAACAAUGCUAAACAAAGAUGUAGAGUAUGUAAUCCUUUGUUAUUCUGAUUAAUAAAAUUUGUCCAAAGUUACCAA